AUGUCAAAUACGGCGGAUCCAUCUUUGGCACCAGAGCCAAGUGGAGCAGCUGCCCAGAUGUCCAGGGAGGAAUAUGAUCUUUCACUGGCAGAGGUCAAUGCGGUGAUAUCGACCGGCGUGGAUUUCGGACUCCAGCCCAAGAACAGAAUGCUUAACUUCAGCCACCAAGCCAAGUUUUCUUGCAUUGCGCUUAGCCCGUCAGAACUCAAUUUAUCCGUGGUGUCCGCCCUGACACCACCGCUGGAUUAUGCCUCAGAUAAGGAGUAG